GUUACCGUAGACAUUUCGGUGGAAACGGCCCUCUUUUAAAGUUCCUGGGGGAAGAGGGAAGGGACCCGGACAAGUCAGAGAAAAGGGGCCACGAUUCAGCAAAGAGGAUCAAUUUUAAGGCAUUUUUCAUCCCAGGACGACUGCCGUUAGACCGAAGACAGGGUGCAACCAACGCGGAAAACCAAGGUCUUGACUGCUCGAGAACGUCAGAAAAUAAAGAAAAUGGCGGAGCCAGACAAAUUAAACAUCGACUCUAUAAUUCAGCGUCUCCUGGAAGUAAAGGGCUCUCGGCCAGGGAAGAACGUCCAGCUGACAGAGGGUGAGAUACGUGGCCUUUGCCUAAAAUCCCGUGAAAUCUUCCUGAGCCAGCCAAUCCUGCUUGAAUUAGAAGCUCCCCUCAAAAUCUGUGGUGAUGUACAUGGUCAAUACUAUGAUCUGCUCCGGCUGUUUGAAUAUGGAGGCUUCCCCCCAGAAAGCAACUACCUGUUCCUGGGUGACUACGUAGACAGAGGAAAGCAGUCAUUGGAGACUAUCUGCCUGCUUCUAGCCUACAAGAUCAAAUAUCCAGAGAACUUUUUCCUGCUGCGUGGAAACCAUGAGUGCGCUUCUAUUAAUCGAAUCUAUGGCUUUUAUGAUGAGUGUAAGCGACGGUAUAACAUUAAGCUGUGGAAGACCUUCACAGACUGCUUCAACUGUUUACCUGUGGCUGCCAUUGUAGAUGAGAAAAUAUUCUGCUGUCAUGGAGGCCUCUCUCCUGAUCUUCAGUCAAUGGAGCAGAUCCGCAGAGUAAUGCGACCCACAGACGUGCCUGACCAGGGUUUGUUGUGUGACCUGCUGUGGGCUGAUCCAGACAAAGACGUGCUGGGCUGGGGUGAAAACGACCGUGGUGUCUCCUUCACAUUCGGGGCAGAUGUGGUGGCCAAAUUUUUGCACAAACACGACAUGGACCUGAUAUGCAGGGCGCAUCAGGUGGUAGAAGAUGGUUAUGAGUUUUUCGCAAAGAGGCAGCUCGUGACCCUGUUCUCGGCUCCCAACUACUGUGGAGAGUUUGACAACGCCGGUGCCAUGAUGAGUGUGGAUGAGACACUCAUGUGCUCCUUCCAGAUUCUGAAGCCAGCAGAUAAGAAAUUGUAUCCUUAUGGCGGAGGGGGAGGAAUGGGAUCUGGGAGACCGGUCACCCCACCACGAAAUACAGCCAAGGCCGCCAAGGCCAAGAAAUAACACCCGCUGGGUCCCCCUCCCACAAUCUGUCACCUCCCCUGUCGGUCCAACGCUCCUUUAUUUUUUAUUUUUUUUCCCCCCUCUACCUCCUAAACUUGUUUCUCCCUCAUCACCAAAUGGCAACAAAGCAGACAAGUGUCCAGGGUUCAAUCAUGUUUUUUUUUUCUCUAAAAUAUUUUAACUGUUGAUUUGGCUGUUUGCGUGCAAUUUUUUUUGUGUGUGUGUUUUUAAAAAAACAAAGUGAGAAUGAUGUAGAUAAAAUUGCUGUAUUCUGUAUGUAUGUGUUUUUUCCUCCUGUGCCCUCGGAUCUGUUUUCCUGUCAUUUUGUAGGGAUGGGUUCUUGCUCAUCUGUGAUGUAAUUUCAAACCUGGGUGCAGGGGGGAAGAAGGGAAGUGGGAGAGAAAAAGAGGAGCCAUAGCUGUUUAUGUUAAGGCCCUGCACUGUUUAAUGCUAAACACAAGCUUUUGUACAUCCUGUUUCAGAGGUCUGUGUAUGUCUAUGUGAUGGGUGGGUGGGGAGGGAGGGACGGGGGGCAUGGUCAAACAGUAACGGCACAUACCACGCACACAGGGUGCACAGUUGGAUAUAUGUACAGGUGAAUCCUUGAAUGAAAUGGAUUCCCAAUGAUAACAUUUUUUUUUUUUUUUUUUUUUUUUCUCUUCCAUUUUUUUGAAAACCAAUGAUUUGAGAAUGCGGUCAUGGAUGUGAAAUAGUUAUGCUUCAUUUUCUCUUUUUCUUUUUUGUAGAUACAUGAAACCAACUUGGUUUGAUUUUCUUUCCUGUUUUUGUUUUUAGUUCACUGAAAGUUAAAGACGAAUAAAAAUAACCAUGUAUUUGAAUUAUGCCAUCAUGCUGACCACUUUGUGUUUGCCAUUGCUUUUUCAUGUUUGUCUGCAACCUUUGCCAUAUAUAGUUGCUGCGCUUGAGUGUGGUAUGUUGAUUUUGACAUUACAGCAGCAUGAAGAGAGAUAUCUUAUGAGAUGUGGAAGCUGAAUAGUGUAAUUUUGGCCCAGCUUUCACUUAGUUUAAACAAAGGGGCAUUUCAUGUGCUGCUUCAACGUGAUUUGUUUUGUUUAGGGUUUUUGUUAAAGGGAGAUUUGUGGACCGCAGUAAGGGACAGCUCAAAGCUAGUUUCAGAACCAGACGUUGCCUGUUUUAUCACAAAAUGAUUAGGAAUCUCUUCAAUGCAAAAUGUUUAUUUUUUUCCUAAUGAUUAAGACCAAGUGGUUAAUGAAGUUCAGGAACAGGAUGUAAAUGGCUCUGCUACCGAGCUUCUGUUGCUCAAUGCCUCACAACACUCAAUCCUCACAAAGUACAAUAUCACCAUGUGCAAUUGUUGUGUUCCACAAGUGGAUACCACUAUUUAUCUGGCUUUUUAUUUCUAUUGAACUAACACAAUACAUUCAAGGCGCCCACUGAGGAGAAAGUGGCUUGAAGGUUUUCCACAUUUUGCUUUGAUCAAAGGCAGAAACUAUCAAAGGAGGAGGGGCUGUUUAAUUGCUUCUCUGACCUUUCCAGGUCUAGUCAAGACCACUUCAGUUGAGUCCAUCAUAGAAAUAAAGAGUGGGUUAUUUUAAAUCUAAACACAUGAGGGUUGCAUGCAAGCGAAAACUAGGAACAUGAGAACUAAAGACAGUGUUUGGAUAAAACUAAGUCAUAGAUCAAAUUUCUGACAUAGUUGCAGGCGAUUCUUUGAACUUAAUGGGGACUUUAAGCACACAAUUAUUGUUUUACUGUAAGACAAAAUAUAAUCAAGAUAAUCUGAAUGAAUCUAAAAGGGUUCAGGCAAUCAAAAAGACACUGCUUGUUUAUACAUCCUUUACAAACCAAACUAUCUUGAUAACCAGUUAAUGUCACAAAUGUGCUGUUGUGCAUUAUGUUUUGGCAUACAGGGUGUUCCCAGUGAAAGCAGUCAACAGUUCAGCACAAGCUGUUGCAACUGGGGAAAAACAUUUCUACAGUAUUUCAGGGUAUCUCACUGCCCUUUUCUAAUAACCCAAACCCCCCAGUUACCUAAUUGGCCUGUCUGGUUUUAUUUGUCUGCUGUCUGUCUUCAUUCUUCAGCCCUCUGUACCAAGUAUGAACAAAUGUGACCGCAGCUCUCCAGAUUGCAAAGCCAGUAAAUAUUGGUCAAGAUUAGUGUAGUGCAUACGCACAUGUUCAAGCAGAGGGUGGGGAAGCUGGAAUUCAGCUGUCAUCCUGGCCCACCUUUUUCCCUCCACUUUCUCAGCAAGAGGUUUUCAACUCUGUACCUCAGAAAAUAAAUGUUUUUUAAGAAAUCAAAGCAAUGUAAGUAAGCUUUAUUCAGAAUCCUGCUUGCUUUCUAACAAUUUGCUCAGUGCAACUCAUCUGCAGCAGAUAUUGUGUCAGAGAGGGCAAAAAGAAAAUCAUAUUGGACCUCAUUGUGUGUUCAUGUCCAGUUAGAUGAACUCAGGAAGUGAAAUUUAAAUCAAAAUAAAUGGUAUGAGGAAAUCAUAUUUAUAUUCAUAUAUGUAGAAAAAUACAUCAAUAAACGCCAUUGUCACGGGAUAUUCACAAGUCAGAUGACUAGCAGUUUCUGUUCACGUUUUAAGGUGGUUAAAUUGAAAUGAGUCGAGCCUGACUUUGGCAUGCUGGUGAGUUCAUGGGGGAACAUGUACAGAAAUGUAUGAUAUUAAAGUCUGAUAGGAUAAUAAAAAGUUAAUACAAAGCGGUAGAGCUAUGCUGUGGUGGGGACCUUCUCCAAUGGAGAGAAAUUGUGUCUUUAACAAUGCUAAACAAUUAAGUGGCUCAUGUAAGAAAUAAGAAAGUGCUGAAAAAAUGAUGGAACUUGUAGAUUUCUGUCUUCUGAAUAAAUGGUCCAAUAGAGGCCACUUUCAUUACCAUUUUCAUAGCUGUACAAACCUCUGCUUAUAACAUUUUUUUUAUUGUUUCUCUAUAUUAACUGUUAUUACCUCUUAGGAUCUGGUCUUUAAUGGCUUUUAUGUUCAUAUUGUUUUUACUGACAAAUUUAACACUAUACUGCAAGCUUAUUGGUGUAGGAUUUUUUAAUCAAUCAGGGAUGUUUUGCACCAUGCACUGUCGCUGGUUAGAUAUGAAAUUAUUAGAUUGUUACAAUUAAGAAACAGAAACAACAGAAAUGAACAGUAUAUUUAUUUGUUUUCAAAUCAAUCACAAAUUGUCUCUGUUACAAGGUAGAAAUAAAACAUAGAAUUUG